UGUCAGACACAGCAGUUGACGCCUGCCUGUGAUCGCUGCUGUUCUGAGUCUGUUUAUUAUUUUAAAUAAAACUUUACGGUCAGAUUUUCUCCAGCAGACGGUUGUUUUACGUGGGCCAACAUGGCGACGGAGAUAACGAAAGGUGUGCAGCAGGUCUCAGUGGCUGAGCUGUAUGUAUCUGAUAAAUGUGGCAGCGAUCAGGACGGAGACGGUUCCGAGCAGAAACCUUUCAAAUCUGCCCUGAAGGCUCUGUUGUUCGUUGGCAAGGAGCCGUUCCCCACCAUCUACGUGGAGUCUCAGAAGGACGGGGAGCGAUGGGCGGUCAUCUCCAAAACACAGAUGAAAAACGUAAAGAAAGCCUUCAACCGUGAGCAGAUGAAGAACAACGCCAAAGACAAGAAGGAGGCUGAAGACAACGAGAGGCGAGAGAAGAACCUGGAGGAAGCCAAGAAGAUCCUGAUCGAGAGCGACCCGAGUCUGCCCGAACCAAAAACGGUUAAAAUCCAUCGGCUGGAGGCUCAGAGGGGUCAGAGGGUCAAAGUGUUCGGAUGGGUCCAUCGCCUCAGGAGGCAGGGAAAGAACCUGAUGUUCAUCGUGCUGCGAGACGGAACGGGCUUCCUGCAGUGUGUUCUGUCAGAUAAACUGUGUCAGUGCUACAACGGCCUGGUCCUGUCCACAGAGAGCACCGUGGCUCUGUACGGCACCGUCACCGCUGUUCCUGAGGGCAAACAGGCGCCCGGCGGCCACGAGCUGCACUGUGACUUCUGGGAGCUGAUUGGCUUGGCUCCAGCGGGCGGAGCCGACAACCUGCUGAACGAGGAGUCGGACGUGGACGUGCAGCUGAACAACCGGCACAUGAUGAUCCGAGGAGAGAACGUCUCCAAGAUCCUGAGAGUCCGGUCCACCGUCACGCAGUGUUUCAGGGAUCACUUCUUCAGCUGCGGCUACUACGAGAUCACCCCGCCCACCCUGGUGCAGACUCAGGUGGAGGGCGGCUCCACGCUCUUCGGUCUGAACUACUUCGGCGAGCAGGCGUACCUGACCCAGUCCUCCCAGCUCUACCUGGAGACCUGCAUCCCAGCUCUGGGCGACACGUUCUGCAUCGCCCAGUCGUACCGGGCCGAGCAGUCCCGGACCCGCAGACACCUGUCAGAGUACACCCACAUCGAGGCCGAGUGUCCCUUCAUAACGUUCGAGGACCUGCUGAACCGACUGGAGGACCUGGUCUGCGACGUGGUGGACCGAGUCCUCAAAUCUCCUGCUGCUCAGCUGCUCUACGACCUCAAUCCGGACUUCAAACCCCCCAAGAGGCCGUUUAAGAGGAUGAACUACGUGGAGGCCAUCGAGUGGCUCAGAGAGCACGACGUCAAGAAGGACGACGGCACCUACUACGAGUUUGGAGAGGACAUCCCUGAAGCUCCAGAGAGGCUGAUGACCGACACCAUCAACGAGACCAUCCUGCUCUGCCGCUUCCCCGCAGAGAUCAAGUCCUUCUACAUGCAGCGCUGCCCCGAGGACCGCCGCCUCACCGAGUCGGUGGACGUGUUGAUGCCCAACGUCGGCGAGAUCGUCGGCGGGUCGAUGCGUAUCUGGGACUCCGAUGAGCUGCUGGAGGGCUACAAGAGGGAGGAGAUCGACCCGACUCCGUAUUACUGGUACACCGACCAGAGGAAGUUCGGUACGUGUCCUCACGGAGGUUACGGCCUGGGUUUGGAGCGUUUCCUCACCUGGCUGCUGAACCGACAUCACAUCCGAGACGUCUGCUUGUACCCGCGCUUCAUCCAGCGCUGCCGGCCCUGAACGCAGCCCGCCACAGCGCCCCCUACAGCCCGCCACAGCAAACAGCACCAUUCAUCGUUUUUCUUCUUCUACUGUCUGAAACUUUAAACUCGGAGGACGUUUUGGUCGAGCUCCACAGCCGGAGUUCACCUGUUCUGUGAACUGAACGUCCAGCCGGAUGGUUUUUACCUCCUCAGAUAAAUUACUCUGUUUCCAGGGUUUCACUCUCAGCUGUCUGAAAUACUUCAAAAAUAAACAAUAAUUUAAAUUUAUAACAGAAUUUAACAUUAGCUGUUCCAUAUCAGAACAAACGGCUCAUAUAGACUGUAAAGCACGGCAGUGGAGGUGUGAUGGUUUUGGCAAAAUCUUAAAACCUUUUAAAGGAAUUUAUGCUUUAGCAGCGUUGAUCUGUCCUGUGACCACCACUACCAGUUUAGAAAUCCAUCUGGGACUUAGCAUGCUCGUUUUUCUGCACCUCCAUGUGAAAUGUUGCUGCUGAAACUGAACUGAAAUAAAAUGUUUGUUCUGCUUUA